GACUCCAAACAGCUAGCCAACUAGCCGCGAGUGGCUAGUGUUUUAUUUUACAUUACCGAGGCAAUAAUAAGCCGUGUCUCGGGUUAUCAGUGCACACAUACUGUGCUCUGUUUUCAGCAUGUUUUUCGGGGUUGGCUGACCAGCCUCCGAAGCGCCGUGUAGCGGAGGAACGGUGAAGAUAUCGAGAUAAACCGGCUGCAUGAGAAAAGUGUCUGAGACUAACGGUAGCUGUUAGCUUCGCUCCGGCCAGGCGACCACAAUAGGAGGGAAACUGUGACAAGCGGCCCAUGAGGAAGCCACGUCGGAAAGGCCAAAUGGCCGGAGGAGGUGGAGAAGACGUCAAAAAGUCCAAUGGGACAGUCAAAGGGCGUGGAGGGGCCCGCCAGAGAUCUCCAUCGCCUUACAGCCUCAAAUCCUCUCCAAGCAGAGAAACCCUCACCUAUGCCCAGGCUCAGAAGGUGGUGGAAGUAGAACUGGAUGGGAGGCUUCACCGCAUUUCCAUCCAUGAUCCCUUGGAGGUCAUUACAGACGAUGAGAUGAUGGCUCAGGACAUUAGUGAAUGUAACAGCAACAAAGAGAACAGUGAGCAGUCUUCAUCUCCCCCCAGCACCAACCAAGCAACCCGUAAAGCCAUCACACCAAGAGGGCGCAGAAAAGACUCCAAAUGCUUUUCUGUCAAGGCGAAGCAACCUUCCAAGAACAAUUGCACCAGAUCGCAGCCCCAGUCGCCUGAAAAACUAAACUCAUCACACCAUCACCAUAUGACUCUCCCUGAACCUACGUUUCGUGCUCUGGAAAGCUUCACGCCAGUGGAGACGCCUCUCCUGCCUGCAGCGUAUUACCGUUACAUCGAACGCCCAGCUGAAGAGCAGGAAGCGGUGGCCGAAUACGACAUGGAUGAGGAGGAUACUAACUGGCUGGAAAUGGUAAACGCCGGUCGGACUUCAGAUGGGUUCUCAGCCGUCUCACCGGACAAUUUUGAGCUGUUGGUGGACCGAUUAGAGGAGGAGGCAUACAGAGAAGCCCGAAAUCGGGCACCUUCUCAAAGCACUAUUGACGACGAUGCCUUCUGCUGCGUGUGCCUGGAUGACGAAUGCCUCAACAGCAACGUCAUCCUCUUCUGUGACUCCUGCAACCUGGCUGUGCACCAGGAGUGUUACGGGGUGCCCUACAUCCCCGAGGGCCAGUGGCUGUGCCGCUGUUGCCUCCAGUCCCCUCAGAAACCCGUUGACUGUGUUCUUUGUCCAAAUCGAGGCGGUGCCUUCAAACAAACAAGCGAUGGACGCUGGGCACAUGUGGUCUGUGCUAUAUGGAUCCCUGAGGUUUGCUUUGCCAACACUGUGUUUUUGGAGCCGGUGGAAGGGGUCAGUAACAUUCCCCCGGCGCGAUGGAAACUGACAUGCUACCUGUGCAAGCAGAAGGGCCGCGGCGCAUCCAUCCAGUGCCACAAGGCCAACUGCUACACUGCGUUUCAUGUAACCUGCGCCCAGCGCGCCGGCUUGUUCAUGAAGAUUGAGCCGGUGCGGGAAACAAACACCCACGGCACGACGUUCUCAGUUAAGAAGACAGCUUUUUGUGAGGCCCAUUCGCCCCAAGGACAAGACACCGGGUCGGAUGAGGAGAGUGAAGGACGGGUGGUGGGCAGCAGGGGGAGGGCUAGUAGAGGACGGAGUGCCUACACGGAGGGGCCAGCUACACCAAAAAAAGGCAGAAAGACUGAAGAUGAUGUCAAGUCAGAUAAAAAGAAAGGGAAGAAGAAUACAGACUUAAAACCAACACAAUCUGGUUCACCACAAGUCCCAGUGCCUCACAUACUUCCAGCCAGGCUGAAUAUCAUCAGCAAAGGAAUCCUCAUCCAAAGGAAAAACCAGUUUAUGCAGCGGGUUUAUAGCUACUGGUUACUGAAACGUCACUCGAGAAACGGCGUGCCGCUGGUCCGGCGUUUGCACUCUAACAUUCAGACGCAGAGGACUACAGAACAGCCUGAAUUGGAUGAGAAGACUUCCGCAGCGAGAGAAGCGCUGAGAUAUUGGCAGAAACUUCGGCACGAUCUUGAAAAAGCGCGACUGCUGGUGGAGCUCAUACGAAAGAGAGAGAAGCUCAAACGAGAGCAGGUCAGGGUUCAGCAUGCGGCUCUGGAGAUGCAGUUGACCCCGAUGCUGGUGCUGCUUCGCUCAACUCUGGAUCAGCUUCAGGAGAAGGACACGGCCCAGAUUUUUGCAGAGCCCGUCAACAUAAAAGAAGUUCCAGACUACCUGGACUUCAUAAGUCAGCCGAUCGACUUCUCCACGAUGCGCUCCAAGCUGGAAAGUCAUACCUACCGCUCGGUGGCCGACCUGGAGGCCGAUUUCAACCUCAUGGUGUCCAACUGCCUCCUCUACAACACAAAAGACACAGUAUUCCACAGGGCCGCGCUGCGACUCCGAGACCUGGGGGGGGCCAUUCUGCGUCACGCCCAACGACAAGCCACCAACACCGGCCUGGACCUGGACACCGGCAUGCUGCUCCCAGAGUCUCCCCAGAAGAGAGACUUUUACAGCUGCAGCUGGGAGGAUGUCGACAGUUUGCUGGAUCCGGAGAACCGGCUCCACAUGUCGGUGGAGGAGCAGCUGAAGGAGCUUCUGGAGAAGCUGGACUUCGUGUCAUCCAUGCGCUGCAGCGGCGCUCGAGCUCGACGCAUCCGCCUCCUCCGUCGAGAGAUCAACAAUAUCCGCCACAGGCAGGGCCAACCGCCCCGCCACGGCCUCCACAACGGCCACCUCAAGGACGACGACGAGGACGAAGACGAGGAGGAAAGCGACGACAAAGACGUCAAGGCGGAUAACAGCUUCUCGUCCUCGGACAAAGACGACCUCAAAUCCACUUCUCCCCCCAGACUGGAGCCUACAGGACCAGCUCCUCCCCCGCGGCGGGGGGACACACUUCUAGAGCCUCCCACCCUCCGGCCCAUCACCAGGGAGCCCGCGCCCCCCAGCUGGCCCUGCAAACGCCUCAAGAUGGACGCCGACCUCUCAAACAGCUCGACGGAAAACACGAGCCGCUCAAGAGCGGCGGAGCGGCCGCCGGAGCUGCCGCCCAGUUUGCACAACGAAGGGCCGGCGGUGGCCAACGGGCUGCCGGCGCCCGGCGUCUGUCCGCGGCCGACCACCGCGGGGGUCGGGCGACGGACCUCUGUGUUGUUCAAGAAGGCGAAAAACGGAGCCAAGCUCUUCAGGGAGAGAGACAGCGCUUUGCUGAAUGGGAACGAGACUAGCAGCAGCAUCCUGACGGCACCCAGCUCUGCAGCCAGCACCCCGGCCUCCACGCCUCUAUCCACCCCAUCCAAGACCCCCCAGAAGAGCCCAGGACCUCCCCCGCUUCCCCAGCUGUCCACCCCAACUCCAGACGGGCCCCCAGGAGCAGAGCUGGAGCUGAAGCACCGACUGGAGAGAGGACUGACAAACGGCUUCGACAGAUGCAAAGACGGCGGCUCCGACUCCGAGUCCAGCCCGUGUCCAGUUCUCCAAAAGGAAGUCAACUGUCCACCCAAACGGAGGCUCGGAAAACCAGCUCUUUCUAAAGUUCCUCUGUUUGAGAUCAUCAACGGAGAUUCGGACUACACUGGUAACGGCAGCCAAACACCGGAGGAUGAGACGGAGCUGGAGCCUCUGGACCUGGUGUGGGCCAAAUGUCGGGGCUACCCCUCGUACCCAGCUCUGAUCAUCGACCCGGAUAUACCCGAGGAGGGCCUGCUGCACAACGGGGUCCCCAUUCCCGUUCCACCCAAAGAUGUGCUCCAUCUGGGGGAGCAGAGGCAGGAGGACACCAACGAGAGACUCUACCUGGUGCUCUUCUUUGACAACAAGCGCACGUGGCAGUGGCUUCCGCGCGACAAGGUCACGCCUCUGGGCGCCGACGACACGGCGGACAAGCUGCGCAUCAUGGAGGCCCGCAAGUCCAGCAUCCGCAAGUCUGUGCAGGUGGCGUACGACCGCGCCAUGAUCCACCAGAGCAGAGUCAGCCAGAGCCGCUGCUUCGUGGCCUCCAACUACAUGUAGCGCUCGCCCUCCUUCUCCUGCCCUCACACAGACGGGGUCUCACUGGGGUCAGGAGAGGUCGCUCCAAGCGCCGAGUCCUGGACCGCAGUUCCUAACCAAACCACUAGGGGGUGACGCCGCGGCGCCGCCACCGAAGACGGAAAUGAAGUAACUUUAAGCCCCGCGUUGCUGCAGUCGCUGAGCGUCAACCCUCCGUUCAGGGAUCACGUCGAGGUGUACGGAUGUCAUGAACCCGUCUGUCUGAAAUAAGUGUAAAAGAAUUCCCGUUAUUUUGUAUAAUCCUACUGCCAAGGGAUCAAGCUGUCGGAAAAGAGAUUAACGUUUCUACGAACUACGGAGGACUGACGAAUGGAUCACUGCCAUUUUUAUACAACAGCUUUGUUUUUUCUUCCAAAAGACUUGUAUAUUUUAACAAAUAACUUUAUGUACAUAUGUAUGUGUAUUAUCAAACUCCUUUUAAUUUAACUUUGCAGUUUUAAAAAAGCGUAUUUCAAUCAAGCGAGACGAAGAUGAAACGAUUCCUGCGCACGCGGCUCGUCUUCAACGUCAUUUCAUCGUGCUCUGCGUGAAUUAUGUGAACUUUUCUGGCAAACGACACGACGAGCCGAUGUUCUUUAUAUUUGAAAUCUCUUUUUUGAUACAGAGAGAAAUAAUUUAUUUAUGGAAGACAGAACUAUAGAAAUAAAGCUAUAUUGGUUAAAUCAAUGAAUCUUAUUUAAAGCAAAUGGAAUGUUUUAGCAAAACAAAGUAAAGUUUUUAACAGGUGAUUUUACCUUUGCUGUAUAUUGAUUUUACUCGAGACCAACACGCUUUUGUUGUUGAACGGCAAGAUGAUUUAUUUAUUAUCCAGAGCCCUAUUUUAUCAAAUGGAAAAAGUACACGGCCAUCAGCUUGUACCGCUGUUCCACGUUACGUGCUCAUCAAACUUUGUCUCCAACCAGUUUUGUUUUGUUUUUCUCAUUUUGGGAAAAAUGCUCUAUUAAAAACCAACAAAGCAGAAAACAUCUUUGGGUACUUACCUGUUUUUUUUCUGGGUUGUUUUCUUCCUUAAAUCCAAAUUUAAGGUUAUAUUUACACAUUCAGAAACCAGCGAGGAAACCGUGCGGGAGUCGGCCGGCGUGAUUGCUUUCCUGUGAACGACUAGCUGACACUUUGUCAACGGUUGUUGCUUUAUUUUAUCAUUUUUCAAUAAAGUGGAAAAAAAGUACUACAAGUGUGUAUCUUAGCUGUAUACAAAAGUAUAAAAAUGCUUUUAAAAAUACUUUGCUGAACCGUCCAAAAGC